AUGGCGCGCCUGUCCCGGACUGUUCUGCUGGUGGUAGUGACCACACACUGCGCCCUAGUCCGCGGCUCCGUCCAGCUCGUGCGUAAUGCGGCGGCGGACGCGUGCGCCGACGUGUCGUGUCUAUCGACGGCCGAGGGCACUUCCCUAUCUGGCUGUCCGGUGGACUCGGUGCUGAAACUGGCGCCGCCGGCCCGGCCCAACUGCUGUCCGUCUGUGGCCGAGUGUGUGUGUGACCUCGAGUCGUGCCCACGGCGGCCGCAGUGCGCGCACGGUCAGCCCACCCUGGUCCGCGCCGGAGACAGGAGGCCAGGCAGCUGCUGCAGCAUCUGGGACUGCAAGGACAGCGCAGAGGAGAACUCGACGUGCGUGCACCAGGGCAAACGGUACGAGGAGGGAGCCACGUGGCAGAUGGACCAGUGCACCACGUGCCAUUGCAAGGACGCCGUCAGCUUCUGCGACCAGCUACAGUGCCCCGAGCUGGGGCCGUGCCCCCAGGUGACCGACCCGGGCCAAUGCUGUCCCCGCUGCAUCGACGGGUGCCUCUCUCGGUCGGGCGUGUUCCACAACAACAGCGAGCAGUGGGAGGAGGAUGAGUGUACCACGUGCUCGUGCGCCGACAAUGAGCUGCACUGCCACAUCGCACAGUGCAACCCGCCCUGCAGGAACCCCGUCCACGUGCCCGGCCGCUGCUGCCCCGUCUGCAACCAAACAGAGUGCGCCGUGGUGUGCGAGCACGGAUACCGAACGGACAGCAAGGGCAGGCCGCUGUGCGAGUGUGUGACGGCCGCCCAGCCGGAGCCAAAGCUACAGCCGCCGCCGGAGCCGACACCAAAGCCACAGCCGCGCUGCCGCGACAUGAGCUCCUGCAAGAAACAGUGUCCCCACGGCUUCAAAGUGAACUCCAAAGGCUGUGCGAGGUGUAAGUGCCACCACUGCCGCCGUCUGAAGGGCUGUCCUCUCACCUGCCCUCUGGACGUGAACGACCGAGGCUGCACUGUGUGCCGGUGUCGGGAGGGGGCGACCGGCUUCCCGGCGCCGGUCACCACUCCGACUCCGACUCCGACUCCGACUCCGACUCCGACUCCGACCGUGCACAGACUCAGCUGUGUGUCUACAGCGGGCGAGGUGCACGCGCCAGGAGCCUCCUGGGACGACGGCUGCCGCCAGUGUUAUUGUCAACAGGGCACUGAGAUGUGCUCUAUGAUCGCGUGCGCGGUGCCCGCCUGCGAACACCCCGAGAUCGAGCCCGGCCAGUGCUGCCCUACGUGUCCCGAUGACUCUGUGGUGCCUUCACGUCACGUGAACCUGACAGUGUGCCUGUCGGCGACGGGCGGCACUUAUCUGGAGGGUCAGACCUGGCACCUGGACAGCUGCACGAGCUGUUUGUGCCGCGGAGGCCGAGUGCUCUGCAGUCACCCGGUCUGCCCGCCGGCCGCCUGUCCCCAACCCGAGCGGCGGCCCGGCCACUGCUGCCCGAUCUGUCCCGGCCGCUCGCCGACAGGUGGCAGCACCGAGCCGCCGCCAGAGAGCAGGCGCGGCGGCCGGGCGUGUGCCGCCGGGCCGGGCCCCUCCUGGCCGGACGGCGCCGCCUGGAGGAGCAGCGCCUGCGUCAGCUGCCGCUGCCGGAACGGCGCCACCCGCUGCUACCACGAGCGCUGUCCGAAACUCAGCUGCGAGCGGCCGGUGCUCAGCAAGGGCCGCUGCUGCCCUCACUGCAUCGAGGCCACCCGCGACGGCAGCUGUUUCCUUGGUAACCGUACAUUGGCCUCGGGCGAGUCGUGGCAGGUAGACGCCUGUAAGAGCUGCGUGUGCCGAGCCGGUCAGCUCAGCUGCGCCCAGAAGGUCUGUUCGACCGCGUGCCGCGGCCCGGUCCCCGCCGGCCACUGCUGUCCCGUCUGCAAAGAGGACGUUUCGACCAGCAGCUCCCGUCACAACUAUCCGUUCCUGAACGGUACCAGUAAGGUGGCGCACCGUAUCCGGGUUCCGGACCCGCCGACCGAGACUCCGGAGCCGGACCCCGAGGAGACGGACGGAGCCGAGCUCACGCUGGUCCAGAAGUUGCUCAUUUCGGGGCUGAGCGUACUCACCCUGGUGCUCCUGAUAGCCGUGUGUGGCCUCUGCUUUUGUAAGGUACGCAAGAGCAACCGUUUCACGCCCAAAAAGCAGCCCCUCCAGGUGCUGGCUGAGGAGGAGAAGAAGCCACUGAACGGCGCGCAGACGCUCGACUGUUCAGCUCCGCUGAGCACCAUCAGCUCGCCGCUGCGUCCGCCUGAGACGGUCAUUGGCAUGCGAUGAGCGCCGCCAGCGCGCGCCCUGCCUUGCCACGUCAUUGUAUAUACUUCAUUGUGGGCGCCGCAACGGGGAGGGGUCAUGGCUACUUUAAGGAUCAAAGCGAUUUUGUUCUUGUUUCAAAGUCAGAAGCAAAAGUAGUUGCCUAUUAGCUAAUGGUAGGAUCUGCUAAAGAGUUUGUGUAGUUGGUUGCUUGACUUAUCAAAAAGUGAUACGUAAGUAGCUCUGCUCCUCCCAGUUGCCGGGACGCCCCUACGUUCAUGUAGUCUACCACUGAUGGGUUUUUAGAGCCGUCCCGCCAGACUUGUGUCCGCUUCCACUUGACUUGGCUGGCAUUCAACGUCCGCGGUGCUCCCGAAGGAACUGAAAUUCGAGGCCCGUUCCAGCCAUAAAAAUCGGUGACUUUUAAUCGAACUGCCAACGCGGAGCUUUAACCCUAUUCCUGGCGGGCUCCGCCGGGACAAGAAACUGGCGGGGGGGGGCCGAUUCGGCCCCCCCCUGAGAUCUCGAGAACGAAGCAAGAUAGCGACAAACGGUAAACGGCAUCGGAUACGCACGGUCAAGAUCUACAAUUUUUACUAAGGUCAUUUUCAGGUCAGGUCAAAGAUGACGUCACAGGGGUCGAAAGAGUCAAAAUGGCGGCGCUAGAUAUGGAGAGAGCUUUUCUCGAAUAACUUUCGAAUUAGUCAAGAUAGGAACAAACUAAGGGCAUCAUCGUGAUCCUCUCGUCAAUCCGCAUCGAAUGAUAUAUAUGUUGACCUCGCAAGGUCAAGGUCAAAGGUUGACCUCAGGUCACGUGACCUCGAGGUCAUCAUGUAUAUCAUUCGAUGCGUCUUGACGAGCUGAACACAAUGAGACCAUCCACGCGUCUGUAUCUUGUUCCUGUACGGAGUUAUUGGCCAAAAACCUUUGGUGACCUUUGAUGACGUCACAUGACCUCACAGCUGCCCAACAGCAAAACAGACCUCAAGGUAGUGAAGGUUGAUCGUAUAUGAAGUCAUGUAUGGUAUAUGGGGCCAUUCCGACCCGUUUUAGUGGUAAAAACAGGGAGUUGAUUUUUCCCCCAUUGACUUAUAAUGGGGAGGUCGCGAAACUGACCUGACCUUAGGUCACCGAUAUCAAAAUUCCGAGAUAUACAAAUUGCACAUACUGGUACCCUAACUAAAGCCUGAAGAGAAGAAAUUGAUCGGUCAAAAACUCUAGCUCUGGCGUGAUUGCAAACUUUUCUGAGGUAGGGUCACGAAACCGCCUCUGGUGACCUGACCUGAGGUCAGAUCAACUCAAAAUUUUCAGACAUGUUGCAUAGAAGCCUGUUAGGAAAAGUCAGAAAAUUUGAGCUUCCUAGCUCAACGCGUUUGGGAGAAAUAACCAAAAAACCUCAGGGGGGGGGCUCCUGAGGCCCCCCCCCCCCCCGCCAGGAAUAGGGUUAAGUCGCUCGAUUUUGAUGCUGAUUCUGCUUCUGGUUAAACCUGAUUAAUUUUAAGCUAUGGACAAAAUUUUAACAUAUCUACAAGAUUUUAGCAUCUUAUAAGACUUGGGGCCAAAAACAAAAAAUAAUAGAGAAUCACGGAUAUGACGCCACAUUUGUGAUCGUUAUGGGGCCUCUCUGCUUCUCGAGUGCAGCCGGCACAAGUCUGACCGCGGGGCGGCGCCGGCGGCGACCGGCCGCCGAGCGGUGUGGUGACCUUUGUCUGUGAUAAUGGCCCCGAAUACAUGGACAAGGAAAUACGUAUCACGAACGGGUUUUCCUUAUUUGUUAUCCGUUUGUAAUACGCUUUUACUCUGCCCAUGUAUUCCUGGUCAAUGCCUCUCGCCUGCGACCGUGGCGGCCUUCAACAGUACUCCGACGGACAGCGCGUGUGUAUAACAACUGUGUACCGCCCGAGCUGCAUGCUGUGGGGUGGUCUGCGCACGCGCGAACUCGGAGCUUCAGAUGAAUAUUUCCUUCGGAAAGUGUUUUGAGCUCGCUGAUGUGACGUUUCCAUGGCGUUUCCAUGUGCGGUCCUAGAGCCAGGACCUCUACAUAAGUGUAUAUUCUGUAGGUAGUGGUUAACAAUAAGGCGCCGUUCUUCGAUAUCGCUAUAUUUUCAGUUACUAUGUUUUCAGAUGUGCCAAUAGAUUCGGUUCGGUAUUGUAUCUGUGUAAAAUGAGCUGCCUAGCGUACUCGCCUUAGUGCUGAGCUCGCAGAAUGGUAUUAUCGAGCUGUCGUACGAGUAUUUAUGACAACACCAGUGUGUUGUGUCAAUACACUGCAAUAAAAUCCAA